AUGGAACAAUUACUGGGUGAUGUAUCUUAUAUUAACUUCGAAAUUAAUGAUCAAUUGGAAAAUCAAAUAGGGCUCGCUCCUCUUCCUUUUACUACUAUGAAUAAAAGCAGUGUUGGUGCAUGUAAGUUCUUUUUCGCUGGUAGUUGCCGAAUGGGUGUUCGGUGUCCAUUGCGACAUAUGAAGGCUGAUAAAACAAUCGUGUGCAAGCAUUGGCUGCGUGGACUUUGCAAGAAAGGUGACGAUUGCGAUUUCCUCCAUGUAUACAACAUGUCAAAAAUGCCUGAGUGUUACUUCUUUUCAAGACAUGGAGAGUGCUCAAAUAAGGAGUGCUUGUUUUUGCAUGUUGAUCCCUCUACGAAAGCUCAGGAUUGCGCUUGGUAUGCUCGAGGUUUCUGCAGAAAUGGUCCACUUUGUCGAAAUCGUCAUGUACGCAGAGUUUGUUGUCAAAAUUACCUUAACGGACUUUGUCUUGAAGGCUCACGCUGCAAAUUAGCACAUCCCAAAUAUUGGCCACUACCCGGAACCGAAAUAGAACCCCACAAACCGAGAUGGACGUGUCAUUAUUGCAAGGAACGAGGGCACAAAGUGCAAUUCUGCCACAAGCUGUCUCCAGAGGAGAGACAAAAGUAUAUGGAUGACCGAAACGCUACUAAUAAUUAUGGUGACAGUCAUUUACAACCUGGUCCUGGUAACGGGCCUCAAUUCGUUGCAGGUCAGACACCUCGGGGAACAGUGGCAGUCAACCCCAAACCUGGUGUACAAAAAUCCUUGGAUGAAGUUACUUGCUACAAAAUGGCGGCUAAAUUUGCUCUUCAGCCGCGGAUUGUUGCUUCUGUGAAGUCUGUACCACUUGCGGUAAGCACUAGCCAACCCAAAAGCUUAACGGAAAGACAGAAAAAUCUCCUUCCAACUCUUUCUCGGCCUCUUAAUUGCUAUUACUAUGAUUCUCCGUUUUUGGCUUCCAAUAGAAUGCUUGUAUCCUGUGGAAUAGGACUACCUCAGAGUAUCAGAUUCCUGCAUACGGAUGUUACAAACGUCCCAAGCUUUGACGAAUAUCGUUUGGAUUCAACCAAGAAUUCAAAAGCUGUUUCUGCGAAAACCGAAGUUGAUCGAAAGAUAUUUACUUACACUAUCGCAUUCGCUGGCACUGUUUUAGCGACUACAUCAGCUAAAUAUGCCGUGAAGACCCUAGUUCAAACGCUUGGGCCUUCCGCGUCAACUCUGGCUAUGGCUAAUGUAGAAGUAAACCUUGCUACCAUCCCAGAGAGCAAAAAUAUUGUCAUUAAAUGGAGGAACAAGCCACUUUUUAUUCGACAUAGAACCCAGGAAAUGAUUGAAAACGAACGUAAAGUGCCUCUUUCAGAUCUUCGUCAUCCUGAAACAGAUGAGCAGAGGGUAAAAGACCCUAAAUGGCUAGUGUGUAUUGGUAUUUGCACCCAUUUAGGUUGCGUUCCCAUCGCCGACGCUGGAGAAUUUGGGGGGUACUACUGUCCUUGUCAUGGUAGCCAUUUCGAUUUCUCUGGUCGCAUAAGAAAAGGCCCAGCCCCGACUAAUUUAGAAGUACCAAAUUACAGAUUUGUAGAUGAGAAUACUCUUAUAGUCGGUUAG